AUGGCCGAGAAAGCGAACUACCCCCCGGAGCUCCAGGCUGCUUCACCCCCUACCUACGAACAACCCCCUACUAUCCCACAACAGGCACACCCUGGUACACCCGGGCCCGGCGCUGAGCUUCAUCUCGAGCAGAUGCCACCCCAGGGAUAUGCUCCUGCUCCUCAGCAGGUACACGCACCUCAGGGGUAUCCCCCCCAGCAGGCACCUCAGGGCUAUGUGCAGACUCCCCAACAGUCACCUCAGGCAUAUGCGGCUGCUCCCCAGCAAGCCCCUGGUCCUUGGAACCCCACCCCGCAAAUGUAUCCCCCGCAACAAUACGCAGCACCAGCACCAGCGCCAGCCCAAAACAACUACCCUACCGCGAUCCCUCUGCACGCCCUCGGACGGACUUCUCAGGUCGUUGACUGCCCCAUGUGCCACACGCGAGAGAUGACCCGGACAGAGGCCGUGAACGGAUCGACAACCCAUGCCUGGGCGGCCGUUCUUUGCUGCUGCGCCUGUGUAGGGUGUAUUCCCUACUUCAUGGCUCAUUUCAAGGACGUGGAGCACAAGUGCGGGAAGUGCAACUACCUCCUUGCUACUUACCAUGGAAGUGGCCAUGUUGUCGUCCACCAGCAAACGGUACAGCCGGUACAGCAACAACCGAUACAGCACGCACAGCAGCCACUACAGCAGCCUGUACAGGGUCAGCCGAUAAAACAGUGA